GUUUACACUUUUUCUGACCGGUACGCCAGAGAAUCCUGAGAUUUUAUGCAUUUUAUUUAAAUUUUGUUAUGGAUUUAAAAGCGGCGAAGAAUGCAUUUUAUUCUUUAAUAAAUUCAGUACAUGCUGACGAAAAACAUUUAUUUUUAUCAUGGUGUAAAACACAGUGCUCAACAGAGUCAAGUAACGCAUAUUUGCAACUACGUACUAUUGCUGAGGAUAUUAGGUCAAUUGUUCCUGUUAGUGCAAUUUUUCCUUCUGAAUGUGUUGAUCAUUCUAGUCUAAUAAAGAGUGAAGAUUCAGUUAAUGAACCAAUUGUUCAUGUUGACAGUUUCCUCUUUGAAGAUGAAGAUAUAGAUGCACUUGUGGAAGAAGGGAUGCUAAGUCGAAACUAUUGCAAAAGUUGUUCAUCCACUAACAUCGCUCCCAUAACUUUUAUCUCACACUCUGCAUCUGCCCAAAGAAUUGAGUUUAUUUUCCGAUAUUUGCUACCAGAUCUAAGGCAUAAAGUUUUCCUUGAUGUAGGCUCAAGAUUAGGGGCAGUUCUGUAUGGAGCAUAUUUUUGCAGUUCGGCCAAGGCGAUACUUGGUGUGGAGAUAAAUAAAGACUUAUGCAAUGUGCAGAUGCACAUUGUGGAAAAAUACAAGCUGAAUGACAGAAUACAGAUUAUAUGUGAAGACAUUUUCAAUGUUCCUGAAGUUAUUACUUCAUCCAAUGUUAUAAUGCUGAAUAAUGUUUUUGAAUGUUUCAUGCCAAAAGAAAAGCAACAAGAAAUGUGGCAUUGGCUUAAAAAUACUAUAAAAAGUGGUACUCUACUGAUUACGGUUCCAAGUUUAGAAGAAACUUUUAGCUCUCUUCAAUCUAGUCCUAGUAUUUCUGAUUGGCUGCAAAAAAUUAAUUUUGAAAAUACAGAAAUUCCAGAAGAACUGGAUGAUCAAGACUUGUUAUCAGAAAUAUGUCUGUAUACUGUAUUAUAAGGCCUUUUCUAUUAAUAAAUUUAUCAUUGAUUUUUU